CAACACUGUGGGCAGGAGCGUGGUGAGCGGAUGGGAGCAGCUUCCUACGGUUGCAGCCAGAGGCCUCCUGCACUGUCCUGGGCAUUGCAGCUGGAGCUGCAGUGACAGGAAUGUCCCCAAAAGGCCAUGGGACAUCCCUGUGUUUUGUGAAAGCUCCUGCAAUGGAGAGGCUGAGGCCACCGUGGGGUUUGGGCACAACAAACAACAGCGGGGCUUUGGGAAGAUCACUACAGGGCGAUGUGGAGCAGACAGAGAGUGGGCAUGGAUAGAGGACCUUCAGGUCUGCGUGUGACAGCAAAGGCCCUUGCAGUGGCUGUGGCAGCUCUGCGCCACACAUUUACCCUAAAAAACCCUACAAAGACAGAAGAGCUUUCAUGCAAAGCCUCCAGUCAUGCUGCCAGGAGCAUCCCCAGGUGGGACCAGCCCCUCUCCCUUCCCGUCCUUCACUCACGGGGGAACCCAGAGCUUUUUUACCCCACAGUGCCACCCCACUCCAUGCCACAGGCACCCAGCGGGGUGCUCCCCACACCCAUCCCCGCCCCACAGCCCCUUCCCUGCAGACCCACUGACCUCCAGCCGAUGUGGGGCUGCAGGCGCUGCUCUGCAGGGCUCGCUCAGAGUCGCUCUGCCUCGAUGUCCUCCCUCCCCACAUCUCUCCGGGAUCUUAUAUCGGCUCCUGGUUAAUUAAGUGCCUCAGCCACAUGACCCCGCUAAGCAGCAGGUAGGUGGGCUCUGCUGCAGACGGGGCUUUGUCUGGAUGGCAAAGCACCAGCGGGGCGUGGGUGGGACGGAGUGCUGCUGUGUGGGGCUGCAGCCAGGAACUGGUGCCCACUCGUCCCAAAAUCCAAACAAGCCUAUGCAGCGAUGCUGCCCCUGUGUUGGUACCCAGGGACAGAGGACCAGUGAUGGACACACAGCUUCCUCCUGCAUCCUCACACACCGGCAAUGCUUCUGGCCCAACAUGAGCCCCCUGUCCCCUUCCUCCAGCACUCUGUGGCUUUGGGAGGCCUGCUCUAAGUGCCCCCUGUCCUUGCAGCCUUCAGGAACCAGCAAAGCCAUGGAAAGGAGCAGCUCUGAUGCCAGAGGAGCCUCUGAGUGCACCCAGCCCCACUUCCUCAUCCUUCUCCACGCUCUGGAGAAAGCCCUGUAGCUCCUGGCACAAGCCCAGCCACGGUCCAGAGCUCAUUACAGCCUCUGCUCCCAACCACUGCCCAGCUGCAGAUCCUCCAGGCACCGACUGUGUCUCCUUCACUCAUCCUUUCCAGGACCUGCAGCCUCAGAGCGCUCAGCAUCACAGCCUCAGCUGCACCCCAGGAAGAAGGAGGAGUGCUGAGUCCCACAGCUGCGUGCAGAUGUGGUUCCUUUGGCUUCUCAGUGCUUGAGCACCACACCCAAACCCAAAGGAAGCUGCAGUGAACCUGGUGCAGCCCCAGCCUCACAGCAACGGGGCCAGGUAGGGAUGGAGGAGUCACCUCUGCAUCCACCUUGCUCACAUCAGUCCUCCUGCAGCCCCACACCCAGCUGGGAUCCCUGCAUCCUGUACCCAGCUGGGAUGCUCACACUUCACAGCCAUUUGGGAUGCCCAUAUCACAAACCCAUUUGGGAUGCUCAUACCUCACAGCCAUUUGGGAUGCCCACAUCACACACCCACUUGGGAUGCCCACCCCUCACACCCAGCUGGGUCCCCAUGCACAACACCCACUCAGAACCCCCUGCACAGCACCCUGCUGCCAUAGCAGGAUGCAGACCCCAUUCCUGUGCCCUCAGCCCGCAGCAGUGACGCCAGCCUGGAGCGGGGCUCAUUAUGAGCUGCGGGUUUCUGGGAAGGCAUUAACAUCGCCGAGGCGGCCGAGCGCUGAGAGCUUUUUAAUCUGCGGGUGCUCGGCCGGGCAGUAACGAGCUAAAUGAGCAGCCCGCAUCGCUUCCAGGAAAAGAGCGGCCGCAGCGUGGCCGUCCCGCACGUGUCCGUAUGGGAUUCAUCCCCCGGGAACGGCGGGGGCGGGUUGGGGAGGGGAAGAGGAGCGGACUGGAAGCCGAGCCGGGUGCGAUGAGCUGCGCCCGGCCUCAGCCAGGAUGCGGGGUGGGGGGUGCGGGACGGACGGGGGCCCUUUAAGGCUGCGGGCCGGAGCACGCUGACGUCAGCGGGGCGGGCGCUCCGGGACGCCGCAGCCCCGCGGCCCCGAGCUCCGCCGUGCGCGCCCGAUGCCUGUCCCCGCCCGGCGCCAUGGCCGAGGGCAAAAUCGCGGGGCUGUACGACCUGGAGCGCACGCUGGGUAAGGGCCACUUCGCCGUGGUGAAGCUGGCCAGGCACGUCUUCACGGGGCAGCGCGUGGCCGUCAAGGUGAUCGACAAGAGCAAGCUGGCGGGCGAGGCGGCGGGGCAGCUGCUGCAGGAGGUGCGCUGCAUGAAGCUGGUGCAGCACCCCAACGUGGUGCGCCUCUACGAGGUCAUCGACACCCACGCCAAGCUCUACCUCAUCCUGGAGCUGGGCGACGGCGGCGAUAUGUUCGACCACAUCAUGAGGCAUGAGGGCGGCCUGGCCGAGCCCCGUGCCAAGCAUUACUUCGCCCAGAUUGUCCACGCCAUCUCCUACUGCCACAAGCUGCACGUGGUGCACCGCGACCUCAAGCCCGAGAACGUGGUCUUCUUCCAGGAGCAGGGGGUGGUCAAGCUGACGGACUUUGGCUUCAGCAACCGCUUCCAGCCCGGCAAGAUGCUCACCACCAGCUGUGGCUCGCUGGCGUACUCGGCACCAGAGAUCCUGCUUGGGGAUGAGUACGAUGCUCCAGCUGUGGACAUCUGGAGCCUGGGGGUCAUCCUCUACAUGCUGGUGUGCGGACAGCCGCCCUUCCAGGAGGCCAACGACAGCGAGACGCUCACCAUGAUCAUGGACUGCCGUUACACCGUGCCCCCACACGUCUCCGCACAGUGCUCCGACCUCAUCUCCAGGAUGCUGCAGCGGGACCCCCGGCAGAGAGCCUCCCUGGAGCAGAUCGAGGGCCACGCGUGGCUGCAGGGGGUGGAUCCGUCCCCAGCCAGCCGCUGCCUGCUGCCCCUCACCUCGCACAAGCGCGUGUCCCAGGAGGAGCACGAGAUCAUCAUCCAGGCCAUGACGUGCGGGCACAUCGCCGACCGCGACACCAUCCAGGAGGCGCUGGAGGCCGACCGCUACAACCACAUCACGGCCACCUACUUUCUGCUGGCCGAGAGGAUGCUGCGGGAGAAACAGGAGGAACAGAGCCGCCGUCAGAGCCUCGUCUACGACCUGGCCAAGCAGGUGCAAAGCAGGACCGACCUCUCGGACACGUUCGGCCCUGGGGACGGCACCGGGGGCCGUCAGCCCGUAGCAGAGGUUCCUGGCGGCUCCCAGCCCAGCAGCGGGCGUCAGCCCCCCCGGGUGCUGCUGAAGGCUCCCACCAUCGAUACGGCCAUCACCAAAAGUACCCCGGCCCUGCAGCAAAUCUGCGAGGAGGAAGAAGAGGAGGAGGAAGAGGAGUGCAGACCCGGCGUGAUGGAGAGGAAAAGCAGCUCCUUGAACCAGGAGCAGAUGAGAGAUUUCCUCCGUGCCGGGGCCCGUCGGCCGCCGUGCCGCGGGGAGGUGCUGGGCUGGGGGGCCGAGCCGGGGGGCCGGGCGGGGUACCGGGGUGCCGGCGGAGCCCGAGGGCCCCCGGAGCCGCGGGGGGACGGGAGGGGCGGCGCGGGGACCCCCGAGGGCAGGGAGGGCUCGGGGCGUCCCGGGGAAAGGGGGGGAGCCGACCCCGCCGCCUCCCCGGGGCCGAAGGAGAAACGCGCGACGGGGGUCCGCGGGGGGGCGGGGGGCAGCGAGGGGGAGGCGGAGAACGUGAUAAAGCUGGACCCGGGUAAGGGCAAGAGCGGCAGCCUGAGGGAGCGGCUGAUGCAGUUCCCGCUGUGCGAGAAAGCUUUGGCCUUCAAGAUCCACCCCGGCCCCAAGGAGAGCCUGCUGUCCCUGGGGCAGUUCAACUGCUGCCACGUCAUUUAGCCCCGCGGCCGGGCGUUUUUUAACUACUAGAAAUGAUUUUUUUAAAUAGUCUAUUUUAAUGUAACGACAUAGAGACGGCUAUAUCCCCUGCCUGAGCUCCCGUGGGCCACGGCCACGCGUCCCCAGCCUGCGCUGUUCCCCCCCCGUUCGCCCCCCCACAACGCGCUUCCUAUUUAUUACCUCUUUGUUUUCUUGCUGGCAAGAAAUGAACGCACGAGGCGGGGGCCGCCGCUCGGCCCGGGCUGCGCUGCACGGAGUGGAUGGGAGCCGCCGGGAAGCAAAGUUCGUCGGUGCAAUAAAACCGCGCUUCGGUUUGA